AUGGCCCUAGCCCCAGGCGAAAAGGUGGCAAUCUACAUGGAGGGCGUGAAUCACUGCUUGGUCCUCAGCAGUGUGGGUUUUGCUGACCGUGGCUUCUAUGGCUGUGAGACGCCGCACGACAAGACACAGGCCAAGCUCACAGUAAAAAUGCGCCAGGUCCAGAUCCUGCGGGGCCUGCAGGUGAUGGAGGUGCAGGAGCAGGGUUCCUCCACCAUGGAGGUGGAGCUGUCCCAUGCUGACGUGGAAGGCAGCUGGACUCGUGAUGGCCUUCGGCUCCAGCCAGGGCCCAAAUGCCAACUGGCAGUGCAAGGCCCCAUCCACACCCUCACACUGUCUGAGCUGCGGCCACAGGACGGUGGUCUCAUUGCCUUCAAGGCUGAGGGCGUGCACACAUCUGCCAGGCUUGUGGUAACUGAGCUGCCUGUGAGGUUCAGCCGCCCACUGCAGGACGUAGUAGCCACGGAGAAGGACAAAGUGACCAUGGAGUGUGAGCUGUCACGCCCCAAUGUUGAAGUGCGAUGGCUGAAGGAUGGCAUGGAGCUGCGUGUGGGCAAGACAGUGGGCAUAGCAGCCCAGGGCACCUGCCGGACUCUCAUCAUUUACCAGUGUGCCUUUGGGGACCAGGGCAUGUAUGUGUGUGAUGCCCACGAGGUUCAGACCUCAGCAUCCCUAAAGGUGCAAGGCCGCAGCAUCCAGAUCCUGAGGCCCCUGGAGGAUGUGGAGGUGAUGGAGAAGGAGGGCGCCACUUUCUCCUGCGAGGUCUCCCAUGACGAGGUGCCUGCUCAGUGGUUCCGGGAAGGCAGUAAGCUUCGGCCCAGUGACAACGUGCGCAUCCGCCAGGAAGGAAGGACACACAAGCUCAUCUACCGGAGGGUCCUGGCAGAAGAAGCGGGAGAAAUUCGAUUUGUAGCUGAAAAUGCAGAAUCUCGAGCCCAGCUCCGAGUGAGAGAGCUGCCAGUAUCCAUUCUGCGCCCACUGCGGGACAAGAUUGCCAUGGAGAAGCACCGAGGUGUAUUUGAGUGCCAGAUGUCACGGGCCAGUGCCCAGGUGCGGUGGUUCAAGGGUGGCGUGGAACUGUGGCCAGGGCCCAAGUACGAGAUGGUCAGCGAUGGCCUCUACCGAAAGUUAGUCAUCAAUGACGUGCAGCCCGAGGACGAGGACACUUAUACAUGUGAUGCUGGUGAUGUGAAGACCAGUGCCCAGUUCUUUGUGGAAGAGCAAUCCAUCACCAUUGUUCGGAACCUGCAGGACAUGACGGUGAUGGAGCCUGCCCCUGCCUGGUUCGAGUGUGAGACCUCCAUCCCAUCUGUUAGGCCGCCCAAGUGGCUGCUGGGGAAGAUGAUGCUGCAGGCUGGGGCGGAUGUGAGCAUGGAGCAGGAAGGCACAGUGCACCGGCUGAUGCUUCGGCGCACCUGCUCCACUAUGACCGGGCCAGUGCACUUCACCAUCGGCAAGUCGCGCUCUACUGCCCACUUGGUUGUCUCAGACAUCCCUGUGGUGCUUAUGAGGCCACUGGAACCUAAGGCAGGACGUGAGCUACAGUCGGUGGUCCUGUCCUGUGACUUCAAGCCACCCCCCAAGGCUGUGCAGUGGUACAAGGAGGACACACCCUUGGUGCCAUCUGACAAGUUCAGAAUGAGUCUAGAGGGUCACAUGGCGGAGCUUCGUGUCCUGCGGCUCACACCUGCGGACGCUGGCAUCUACCGGUGCCAGGCCGGCAGCGCCCAGAGCAGCGCUCAGGUCACAGUGGAAGUGCGGGAGGUGACAGUGACACGGCCGCUGCAGGAUGUGGAGGCCACAGAGGAGGGCCGCGCCUGUUUCUCAUGCGAGCUUUCCCACGAGGAUGAAGAGGUGGAGUGGUCGCUCAAUGGGACUCUCCUCUAUAAUGAUAGCUUCCACGAAAUCACCCAUGAGGGCCACCUCCACACACUGGUGCUGAAGCGGGUCAGGCGGACAGAUGCAGGCACCGUGUGUGCCUCUUCCCCUAAAGUAAAGGCCUUUGCCCACCUGGAGGUCAGAGUGAAGCCAGUGGUGUUUCUGAAAGAACUGGAUGAUGUGUCCGCAGAGGAGCGGAGCACCCUGGCUCUGCAGUGUGAGGUCUCUGACCCCCAGGCCUGUGUGGUGUGGCGUAAGGAUGGUGUGGAACUGGGACCCAGUGACAAGUUCGACUUUCUGCAAAUGGCGGGCAUGCGCAAGCUAGUGGUGCACGACCUGAGCCAGGAUGAUGCGGGCCUGUAUACUUGCCACCUAGGCACCGAGGAGACCCAUGCGCAUGUCAGUGUGCAAGGUGCGUGGAGGUGUGGCUGA